AUGUAAUAAAUUACAAAUUAGAAGUUUGAGUCCCUUAGAGAACAAUUGGCCACUUCCUAUAAAUAAUCUCAAAUAUUUUCUACCUACAAACAUCAGAACUAGCUCUAUUAAUCUUCAAUAAUCAAGAGCGAGGACAGUUGCUUGGAAUAUAGUAACUUUGAAUAAGAGUAAGAAUAAGGAACAAUACAUUCCUCUGUGAAAUCAGUCAAGAAAAAAAAAUAAUAAGCUCGAGUGAUGAAUUCACAAUACAACUAAAAAGAAAUACUUUAAAGUGUUACUAAAAACAUAAUCCCAAAAAUCAUUAUGAUAUAGAGGAACUAUAGGAGAUAUUUAAAUAUGAAAUCAUUUCAAAAGAAACUUAGAUAAUUGAGAAAUCGGAAAUAUGUUGUUGUUGAAUUUCACUAGAUUGAAAAAAAUUAUAAUGAAGACCUAAAUAUUAUUGUUGGCAGAUUGAUGUCAGAUAUCAGACGUCAAUCCAUUUUGACUGAAGAUGAAUUGCUGUCUCUAUUUUUGAAUGUUGAGUAAAUACAACAACUAAAUUACAAAUUCUAUAUUACCAUACAAUAAAUUUUACAAAAUUAUCGACAUUUUAUUAUUAUUUCAUAAUAAUUCAAGAUUUACAUCCCUUUUUUUAAAAUCUAUUAUGAUUACUGCAGCAGAUUUUAAUUAGAAUAUAUAAAUAAACUACGUAACACAAAAGUAUUAUAUUGGCUUAAUUUAUAGGCAGAAUUCAACUAGUACCUUCAGAAUAUUGAAGCCAGUGGACUCCUCAAGGGUUUGACGUUUGAAUCAUUUCUUGUUAAACCAGUAUAAUAAUUACCUAGAUAUGUGUUGAUGAUAGAAAAGCUAAUUAAAUACACAGAAUUGAGUCAUCCAGAUUAUCAUGAUCUUAAACAAAUUCAAGAGUAAUUCUAUAAAAUCAAUGAGUAAAUCAAUUAGAUGAUGAAUACUACUCAAAGCAAUUUGAAAUUACUGGCCUAAUUCGGAACAAUUGAUUAAUAGGAAAUUGAGAUGAUCUAAAAAAAGUAGUUAGAAGAAGAGCAAUUUCUUAAAAAUUUAUAAUAAUAGGUGUCUAUACACAUUGUAUCCACUUUCAAAUAGAAAGAUGGUAUAAAUACAUUCAUAGUCUAUAUAAUCUAAAUUUAAAUUAAUAAUUAUAGGAUCAGAACAUAUCAAAGGUAUAGCGAUUUACUGGAACUUGAAACGACUCUUUUAGACAGAAAUUUUGAUAUAGAAGGAUUACAAAGUAACUGUGCAAAUUUAAUCUCAGAAAAUAAAUUAAUCAAACUUCGUCAAGAAUCCAUAUUAUAUUUCUUAAAAUCCAUAUUCUUGAACAAAUAGAUGAAGCAGUAUGAAGAUAUUCUCAUAUCACAUCUUGAUCUACCUGAAAAUUUCUUCGCAAUCGAUAAAAUCCACAAUGAAACUCUAGUUACAAUGAGAGGCAGUUACACAACUUAGAUGAGAAACACCCUGUUUUAAGAGGAUGAAUUUGAAAUCAAAGUAAUUUUACCAGAUGAUAAAAACAUUACUCUGAACAUUACUUAGCACUGCAAAACUAUUGAUUUAAUAGACACAGUGUGUAGAUCCAUCUUUUUAGAUAGAAACUUCGAUUUCAAAUUGAUGAUCUUCUAGAACAAUACUUGUCGAUAUUUAGAUGACAAUGAGGUUGUUUAUAAGGUUAUGAAAAACUACAAUAACAAAUAACAAAAUUUCUUAUCUAAAUUUUUCAACGGGAUAUAUUAUUCAGUGAGUUCUAAGCAAGAGCCAAAGUUUUAUUUGAAGAAAUACUUGUAUCUCUGCUAUGAAAUAGAAUUUUAAGAGUUUAGUAAAAAUAAAAGGAGAUCUCAAUUAUUAUUUUACUAGGAGUUAUCACAAAUGAAAUUCAAUCAUUCUCACAUGAGUUAGCAAGAAUAUGUAAUACAAUGUGCACUUGCCAUUUGCAUUCUAUAUAACAAUGAUGUUCAUAAAAUUAAGACAUUCGAAUAAGUGAGAAUGUAAUGGUUUCAGAACUUUGUGCCUUUACUAAUUUUAAAUAGUAUUAAGAAAGCUGAAUGGAAAAGAUAAAUAUUCUAAUAGAUUCAAAACCUUUUGACAGAAUUGCAAGUUCAAAAGUUUCAGCUAAGUUUGAACAACGAAAUAAGAAUAUUGGAAAUUGAGUUUCUAAACAAUCUCUAUAAAUAAAAACUACAUGGAAUCAAGCUAUUUACCGUAAAAAUGUUAUAAAAUUCAUUUUUAAAUUCAUAAAAAAGAAUGCCUAUUAAAGUAUCCUUAGGUAUCCUUCAUAAUGAAAUUUAAAUAUUUGAAUAAAAUUAAAGUAUUCCACUGAUGUCAUUGCCAAUUCAGUAAAUGCAGCAAUUGUCUAUUUAGAAUAGUGUAAUGACAACUACUUUUCUUGAAGGGGUUAUCACUUUUCAACAUUAGUCAAUAUUGGAAGUCUACAGAUUAAUGGAAGAAUACUAAUAAAUUAGUCUUCUAAAAUAGAACUUAGGUCAUCCAGAUAUGAUAGAAACGAACGAUGUCAGUUAAAGUUAAAUUAUAUGA